AUUUCAUGUGUCAUCUUUUGAUAAAUUUAGCAAUGAAGUUUUUAAAAUUAAGAUUUUAAGAUUUUAAAAUAAUUAGUGGCUACAGUUUUUAAAAUUGGUCGAGAAUUCUCACGAAAUCGAUUUGUUUCGUGGAUAGGCGCGCAAACUGAAGAUGGCAAACUCAUCGUCUAUGCUGAACAUCACCACACAAUGUCCUUCAAGCGGACCAACUGUAUCGACAGAGAGAGAAAUUCUUGAACAGACUACCAUUGUCAUUUUAUGCACUGUACUGGGCGUUGCCAGUUUUCUUGGAACUCUUGGAAACUCCUUAGUUCUCUCAUCCAUAAUGAAGUUUGACGACUUAAGGGAAAUUCCUGACUUGUUUAUUUUCAGUCUGUCUAUGUCUGACUUCCUAGUAACAGCAAUUUACCAGCCUUUGAAAAACUACAGGCUUGCAAAUUUGGAUCAAGUCUCCACGCAAAUGGAACUUUUUGCAAUAUCACGUUUCCUCGGAUUCUUUUCACUCAUUGCCUCUAUCACAAACAUGUUUGGUGUGACUGUUGAACGACUGAUUUCCAUUCGUUUUCCCAUGAAAUACGAUCUGGUGGUGACAAGGCGGCGUGCUGUAAUCACUCUAAUCUGCAUCUGGAUCUUUUCGUUCACACUUGUAAUAUUAGUAUCCACCGAACUUCUUUCCCUUAUGCUCCUUUCCACAUACUUUACUAUGGUCCUCCUUGGAACAGUGUCAAUUUACCUUUACAUUUUUCUUAUCGCGAGAAAAGUCGAGAACUCCGUGAUUCAAAUACAGAAUGGUUCACUUGACCAUGAAGUGUCCAAUAAUAAGCGGAAACGAAAAGCAGCGAAAACUAUUGCGAUCAUUCUGGGAGUCUCUGUCGGUUGCUGGCUGCCAUUUUUGAUUUUUUCAGCCGUUCUUUCCAAAACUCCAGAUACAUGUACCAGCAAUAGAUGUUGGAAGUGUUUCUACUCACUUCAACUUUUGUCAGUGUGUAACUCUUCCAUCAACCCUUACAUAUAUUGUGCGAGAAAUCGUAGGUAUUUCGCUGCGUUUGUUAAACUGCUUGGACUACAAAAGAUUUGCAGGGUGCAAGCGUCAGUUACUCCUGCUUAUUCACCUCGCAGCGCGGUGGCUAUUGGUGCACGUGCUGCUCCUGCUGAGAUUCAAGCUCCCCAAGCUAAAGGUGAAAUCAUUGACGUUGCCCUUUAACCAAACAUGCAGAUCCCAUCAUUGCGGUAAGCGGUCGAGAAUAUUAUAGUCGUUGGCGACGAAGGGCAAUGUUCCGUACAUAAAACAGCCUGGAUUACAGGCAAGUCUGGUUCUAUAAACUUGUGAAAGUAACAUUACAUGAGCAAAAACAUUUAUUUAAACGCAUCAAAAAUAUUAAAAGUAUUUAUUAUUAAAAAUGUU